GACAGUUGACACAUCACAUAUGUAAAAGUACGAAAUAAAAAUAAUCUGGUAAUAAACAUGGUCGCGUUUCAGUAAGAGGGUGUACGUUUCCAUUUAUAAAUAAAAUUUAAUAGGAGCUUAUUAAGCCAGAGUGUUUGAGACAAAUUGUAAACACCAAACCAAUAAGCUUCAUACUAAAUUAAGGAUGACGUCUGAAGAAAGCCAGAUUUCAGAGGAACUGAAAGGAUGUUACGAAAAUCUUAUUGUAAUUGACAUUGGUGCAAACUUGACUAACAAGAAGUACGGCCGUGAUCUCGAUUCUGUAAUACAAAGGGCGAAGGAUGCAGGAGUCCAAAAGAUAAUGGUCACAGGCACAUCAGUUCGAAGCAGCAAAGAGGCAUUAAGACUCACCCGUCUGUAUCCUAGUACAAUAUAUUCUACAGCAGGAGUACACCCUCAUGAUGCGAAGUCUAUGGUGGAAGAGGAGCUGUGGUCUGACCUGCAGGCGACGGCAGCGGCGCCCGAGUGUGUCGCCGUCGGGGAGUGCGGCCUCAACUACAGCAAGGACUUCUCCGAGCCCCACGUGCAGCGCGAAGUGUUCAAACGACAGGUCGAAAUCGCGUGCGAGCUCAGGAAGCCCCUGUUCGUGCACGAGAAGGAGGCUCAGGAUGACGUCAUCAAGAUUCUGGAUGAGUUCGGGAACCGGCUGCCUCCCGUCGUGAUCCACUCUUUCACCGGCACUGUGGAGCAGGGCAUCAAGUACAUUGAGAAAGGAUUCUAUCUGGGUAUCACCGGGUACAUCUGCAAGGACAAGUCAGACGGCGGCAUCCGGCGGCUGCUCUCGGAGAGGAUCUUGCCGUUGGAUCGGCUGCUCGUGGAGACAGACUCACCCUUCAUGUUCCCAAACAUGCGCGCAUCUAAGUUGCCUCUGCACGUCAAGGACUCGCUCACUGAGAGGUCCAUGAACUUCGUGAACCGGUACUGCACGUUCCAGCGUAACGAACCGUGCGCGCUGCCAGCCCUGGUGGAGCUGGUGGCCGGCUUCCUGUCGGAGCGGCCCGAGGACGUGGCGCUGGCCACCGCAUUCAACGCGCUCAAGCUGUUCGGUCUGAGUCAAUGACGGUCUGCACCCCACUGUCCAGGGUGCUUAGUGAAUUAUGUGGGAGAGCUGAUGAUAUUACUGCUUCGUACCAAGAUAUAAUAAUCACCGCCAGCAACUGGAGAAUUCUUAAGCAUGAGCUGAAUAUGUUUCCUGUCUUCUGUCAACAGAUUUGCAGUAUGGCCUAAUCUUUCAUCUUUCAACAGUUUUCAGGGAAAUCAGUCUAAACAUUGAUAAUAUUUAGCGUUUGGUAUUUAAAAUUAAAUGCUACAUUCGUUAUAUUAGGAUAUUCUUACUAAAUAAAAACAAUUGUCCUGGAAACUCUUGAACUAUUGGAAGAUUAGUCAAGUUUUUUAACAAAUAGUUAAACCACAAUAAUAUUUACAUGUUUGUGCCUUUGACAAUUACAAUUGUAUCGAAUUUAAUAUUUCUGUUGAAAUUAGUAGUUAUUCUAUUAGUUACUAAACUAAAGCGAUAGAUAGAUUCUUCAGACGUCAAAGUAAAACACGACAAAAUAAUUCGUUUUAAUAAAUGUUACUACAACGGUUACAACUUUGAAAAGUCAGGUACUUUUAGAAGUUUACCCAAUAAUGGUAACCUAAAACGAAAACACCCUAUAUUUUUAAGUGGCAAUUCGAGGCUAAAUACUAAUCAUAAUAUUAUAAAGUAAAUCUUGCCAGCGAUGUUAUAAUAAAAUGCCUCUCUAUUUUAAUAUAGGUAAUUUCUUGAUUGCUGAAUGUUAUUUAAGCUAUUUAUACAAUGUUUGGUCCAAACUAGAAUCUUACCAUGGGUUGGUUUGAUGCCAUCAUUGCAAAUGGAAAGCAUUAUAUUAAUAUAGAUAUAUUGUUUGUGGUAGCUAUUUUAUUUCUGUUCACUGUAUUGAACACGCUUUUUAUACAAUUUAAUAAAGUGGCAAUGACUAAGCCAUGAUGAUCUCAUUUCAAAUUGGGCCACAGACCGGCAUGGCAUGUAAGUCUGUUUAUACUCUUUGUAUAAUUAUUUAUUGUAGGUGUCAUGUUUUGUCUGUGGUCGGGUUUGAUUAUAUGUCUCGAUACAGUUAUUUUUCUAGCGAAUCAACACUAUUUUUGACAAUAUUUUUUGUUUAAUGUAACUAAUAUAAUAUGAACAAUUAUGAAGCCGUUAGUAUUCGGUAAGAAUACAAUUGCCACUCUAUUUGACCGCACGGUUUUUAGAUAUUAGAGAAGCAUAGACAACGAUUGCUUGUAGACUAUGUGACAUUGUCUAUGCUUUUGGGUUAGGUAAUACUGCUCUGCGCAGAGCUCUAUUCGAAUUGUCUAUUAUUAAAUCAUUGAAUAUAUUGUAAAUAAGUAUCUAGCGCUGGUAGUCACAACGAAAUGAAAGACUGUGAGUUUUAUGUAGAAAUCUAUGUUAUAUACAAAUGUAAUCUAUAUACUGAACGUUCAGUAGCUAAUAUAAGUAUUGUUAUUGAUUCCUUUGACAUUAUGAAGUUUAUAUCAAAUAUUAUGCACUGAUUUGUAUUAGAGUUAUAUCGUGAAUGUUGAAUAAUGUAGCGAUAAGUCUCGAGAACGUACCGGAGUGCCUUCAAUGUAACGUCCCUUUGUGAUACCUUCAUUAUAUUUUCAUAGAUUGUAUAGAUGAUUCUUGCAAUAAACGUUAUAUAAAGUA